GACUCAACGCAAGAAAAGGUCUCCGAUCCGAUCCCCGCCGCGUCACAGACCGCGUCCCCCGAUUUGCUUGCUUCGUGCUGAAUCCACCCAUCGAAAAACCAAUUUAUCAAUUCUUUGGCCAACCGCCCAACAAGAAGAAAUCGAGCCAACGGAACGUAUACGCGCUCAGCACAUCGAGAUCGAAACACGAAUCCAAUCGAUCGAGCCGAGCCGCCGCCAUGAGCUUCAUCUUCGGCAAGAGGAAGACCCCAGCCGAGCUCCUGCGGGAGAACAAGCGGAUGCUGGAUAAAUCUAUCAGGGAGAUCGAGAGGGAGAGGCAGGGCCUGCAGGCUCAGGAGAAGAAGCUCAUCGCUGAGAUCAAGAAGGUGGCCAAGCAAGGACAGAUGGGAGCUGUCAAAAUUAUGGCAAAGGACCUUAUCCGCACAAGGCAUCAGAUCACAAAAUUCUAUGCCCUCAAGUCCCAGCUACAGGGUGUAUCUCUUCGUAUUCAGACGCUGAAAUCGACACAAGCAAUGGGUGAGGCCAUGAAGGGUGUAACAAAAGCCAUGGGACAAAUGAACAGGCAGAUGAAUCUACCAGCAUUGCAGAAGAUCAUGCGUGAAUUCGAGAUGCAAAAUAAUAGGAUGGAAAUGGUGACUGAGGUGAUGACUGAUGCCAUUGAUGAUGCUCUGGAGGGCGAUGAGGAAGAGGAAGAAACAGAAGAACUAGUAAACCAGGUCCUUGAUGAAAUUGGCGUCAACGUCAACUCAGAGCUUGUCGGGGCUCCUUCAGCGGCUGUUGCUGCACCAGUGGGAGCAGGAAAGAUUGCAGCUCAAGCUGAAGCUGCUGGCGGGGUGGACGGUGGUGGGAUAGAUGACGACUUACAGGCUCGGCUUGAUAAUCUUAGGAAGAUGUGAGCCAAUAGGGCUUUGAAGAAAUAACCAUACAGUGUGAUUUUUCUAUUGUACCAUACAAGCAUAUAGCCAUUUUUCUGCCAUCAUUUUUGUUUAGAUUGUUGGGCACAUAACUACAGGCUUCGAUUAAAGCCCCUUUGUAUAUAUAUAUAUUAGAAGGUCGUUUUAUCUUAUAAGGUCGUAUUAUCACCUAACAAGCUAACAGGCCUCGCUGCUUUUGUUCUGAAUAUUUUUGCUGACAACUGGUUCGCUC